ACGCAUUCCCGUCCGUCUGGACAGCGAACUGAAAAAAAAGGGGACGGAUUGGGAAGAAGAAAGCGAAUUGCUGGUCUGAGGAGCCGACGUCGUGGCUGAUUCAGAUUCAUCACGAAUGGACAACGCCCUUCUCUCCUUGGCUGUUUUUGCCUUUCCUGUGUGCCGUCCCAACGGCUCUCGACCGCCAAGCCCUGCCGACCCCCAUUUUCUUUUAUCUCCUUCGUCCAAUUCUUUCUCGUGAUGCAUUGACGUACCCGCCUGUCCACGAUCCCACGAAGCUACGCGAUCCGACGGCCUAGGACUCGGUCUACUCGCCGCCCAUCUCCCUCCCGCCCCGAGGGCUGCCGUCCCGCCAACAGAGCCGCUCAGUUCGGCCACCGCGAGCGCGAUGCUACCGUCAUACUCGGCCAAGGCCAAGGUUACGCCCCGGCACCAGGCCACGGGCUACUCCAACGGCUACCCGCCUUCAUCCAACACACUGGAGUUCUCUCCGCACAGGUAUCAACCUCGCACAACACCCUCAUUACGACGCCGACGACGGAUAAUCGCACGGCUCGGGAUCGUAACCGCCCUCGUCUUCUUCCUGUGCGUCGUGUGGCCCGGCUUCGACACGGUCGCGUCCCUCUUCUCGCUCGGCCUCGUCGGCAGCGGCGGCGCACAAAGCCUCGUCGAGACGGUGCGCUACUAUGACCUGUCUAACGUGCAGGGCACGGCGCGGGGCUGGGAGCGCGAGGAGCGCAUCCUGAUGUGCGUGCCGCUCCGCGACGCCGAGUCGCACCUGGGCAUGUUCUUCUCGCACCUGCGCAACUUUACCUACCCCCACCACCUGAUCGACCUGGCCUUUCUGGUGUCCGACUCCAAGGACAACACACUCAAGGUGCUCGUCGACAGCCUCGAGAAGAUCCAGUCCGACCUGGACUCGGACCAGUGGUACGGCGAGGUCUCUAUCAUUGAGAAGGACUUUGGCCAAAAGGUCAACCAGGACGUCGAGAGCCGCCACGGCUUUGCCGCCCAGGCCAGCCGCCGGAAGCUGAUGGCCCAGGCCCGCAACUGGCUGCUCAGCGCCGCCCUACGCCCUUACCACUCGUGGGUCUACUGGAGGGAUGUCGACGUCGAGACGGCUCCCUUUACCAUUUUGGAGGACCUGAUGCGCCACAACAAGGACGUGAUCGUGCCGAAUGUCUGGCGCCCUCUCCCCGACUGGCUCGGCGGAGAACAACCAUACGAUCUCAACUCAUGGCAGGAAUCCGAGACGGCCCUGGCUCUUGCCGACACGCUGGACGAGGAUGCCGUCAUCGUCGAGGGCUACGCCGAGUACGCGACGUGGCGGCCUCAUCUGGCAUACCUCCGCGACCCCUACGGUGACCCGGACAUGGAGAUGGAGAUUGACGGAGUCGGCGGUGUCAGCAUUCUGGCCAAGGCCAAGGUUUUCCGAUCCGGCUGCCACUUUCCCGCCUUUAGCUUUGAGAAGCACGCCGAGACGGAAGGGUUUGGCAAGAUGGCCAAGAAGAUGGGGUAUUCCGUCGUUGGGCUGCCCCACUACACGAUUUGGCACUUGUACGAGCCUAGCGUCGACGACAUCAAGCACAUGGAGGAGAUGGAGCGUGAGCGUAUCGCUCGCGAGGCCGAGGAAAAGGAAAAGGCCGAAAAAGCACAAAAGAUGAAGGACACUUUUGGUGACGCGGGCGGCCAGUGGGAAAAGGACAAGAAGGCCAUCGAGAACAUUGCGCAGGGCGAGAAGAAGCCUACCGACAAGGCCAAGGCCGAAGGCAAAGCCAAGGCGGACGGCAAGGACACUAAAGACACCAAGAAGACGGACGACAUCAAGGCCAAGAAGGAGUAGUCACUCCUGCUGUCGACACGACCCCUUAAUCGCGGCGGCAUAUUCUUACUACAUCAUGCGUAUUGCUUCCUUGCUCCAUCGACCAGGCGAGGGAAAACAUAACGGUCCAGGCAUAUCAUUACUGUACUGUAACAACAUAGCGAGCCCGGCCGAGGCUGCCGUGGCUUCUGGAUCUUUUGGGCGUUUGUUUGAGGGCGGCAUCUGAUGCGACGAAUCUAGAUAUAACACGGCACUCCUGGGAGUGGUGUUUUCCUUGUCUUCACUUGUUUUUACUUGUGCACCAGCUAAAUAGAAUCCAUGGCCUGUUUCAACGAGUCGAAGAUGGGAUGGGAAUUGAAGAUGUGCUGCUGUG